AUGCAAAUUUCUAAUCAGAAAAAAUACAAAUUUUAGUAAAUACAGAAAUAAGAGUUAAAUUUUCAAUUGUUAGAUGAACAUAGAGUAUUUGUGACUGGAACAUUUGCUGCUUUUACUGAAGAUGUAAAAUAGUAAAUAAAAGUAUUUUACUUCAUUAUUAUAAUAGUAAAAUAAUGGAUAUUUUUAAAAUUUAGAUGGAGAGAAGGGUUGGAUAAUACCCAUAAACAAUUAUUAAAAUUUGAUAACAAAUGUAUUAUAAAUUAGUAUUAAUAGCUAAGAUCUUAAUAGACAGAAGUUUUUAUAAAAUAAUUGCCUCAAUUAUUGUAAAAAUUAUAAAAUCUUAAUAUGAAAGAAAUAAAGUAUUUUGAGAAUGGUUAAUUAAUUACAUUAAAAUAUGAUAAUAUAAUAAGUUAUGAAUAACUUGAUAAGACUUUACAUGAUACUUUAUAUUAAUAUUAAAGAGAUUGUAUUAAAUAAGGAUUAAAAUUUAAUGGUCGUAUUUUGAUUGCAGAUGAUAUGGGUGUUGGUAAGACUGUAUAAUCAUUGGCACUUGCAAGUAUGUAUAAAUAAAAUUGGCCUUUAUUAAUUAUGUGUCCAUCACCAUUAAGAUUAAAUUGGUAGGAUGAAAUUAUUCAUUGGUUAAAAAUCCAUAAAACUGAUAUUCAAAUAAUUAAUUGUGGUAGAGAAGGUAUAAGAAUGAAUGCCAAAAUAGUUAUUGUUUCUUAUGAUAUUUGUAGUAAAAUAAAAGAAGUAAAUAUAGAAAUAAAAUAUUAAGAAUUUAAUGAAUAGAAAGUUUUAAAUUUGUAUUGCAGAUGAAUGUCAUUACUUAAAGAGUCCUACAGCAAUAAGAAGUCAAGCAUGUGUUCCAAUUCUUAGAUAAUGUAUGAGAACUAUUUUAUUGACUGGAACACCUGCAUUAUCUAAACCUAGAGAUCUAUUUAAUUUAUUAAAUAUCAUUAGACCUGAUAUUUUUGGAAAUUUCAAAGAAUUUGGAUAUAGAUAUUGUGAUCCAAAAUUGAGUAGAUUUACAAAAGGAAUUGAUUUUGAUGGAGCAUCAAAUUUAAAAGAAUUACACUUUUUGUUAACAAAUUAUAUCAUGAUUAGAAGAUUAAAGAAAGAUGUUUUGAGUUAAUUACCUGAAAAAAGAAGAAUUAAAAUAAGAAUUCCAGGUGAGACUAGUUUAGUUAAGUAAAUAGGUGCUCUUUUAAAAUAAUUGGGAAAUAUUGAUAUUCAAUAACUCAUUAAUAAAGACACUAUCUUUUAGGAAUCUUCAAAAGAUUAAAGUGAAUAAUUAAUAACAAUAAAUUCAAUUUUAUAGAAGUGUUAUAUGCUAACAGGUUAAGCAAAGAUAAAGGCUAUAAAGGAUUAUAUUAGUACAUUAAUUGAAAAUUAAAUUAAAUUUUUAUUUUUUGCACAUCAUUAAGAUGUUUUGGAUGCUGUUUAAGAAUAUUGUAUAUAGAAUGAUAUUUAAUAUAUGAGAAUUGAUGGUAAUGUUGGUAUUGAAUAAAGACAUUUAAAUGUAUAAAUGUUUUAAAAUAAUGAUGAUAUUAGAAUUGCUAUUUUGAGUGUUACAUCUGCAAAUUAUGGAAUUACAUUGACAGCAGCUUCAACUAUAGUAUUUGGUGAAAUGCAUUGGACUCCAGCUAUUAUGAUGUAAGCAGAGGAUAGAGCACAUAGAAUUGGUUAAGUUUAAUGUGUUGAUUGUCAUUAUUUAAUUGGAGAUGGAACAUUAGAUGAUCAUAUUUUUAAUAAAAUUGAAAAUAAGAUAAAUACUGUCUCAAAUUUUAUCGAUGGAUAAAAAUAAAAUUUAGGUGCUUAAGAAUUUACAGCUAAUGAAGUUUUUGUUAAACCUACUUCUAAAGUUACCUUAAUAUCUAAUAAAUGUGAAACUGAAUAAUAAGAAAUCAAUGUUCAAUAAUCUAUAUAGACCUUUACAGAAGAUGAUAUAGAAGAGAUUUAUUAAUUAUUAGAAUCUAAAAAAAAAUUAUAAGAUUAAUCAUUUGAAUUAGAAUAAAAAGAUAUAUAAUAAGAAAAUAUUUAAUAAAAUAAUAUAAAUAUCUCAAAUCAAAUAAAAAAUUAAUGCGCAUCACUUAAGACACAAUUAUUAGAUAAAUAUUACAGUGGCAAUAAGAUUAAGAAAGAAGUUAUUGAUGAUGAAAAGGAAUUUAAUAAGAUUUAAAUGAUUAUUGAAAAAAAUGAUAUAAUAAAAUUUGCAAAACCUUAAAAAUUAAGUUAUGAAUAUUUAUAGAGUAGAUUAAAUGUAGAUAGCAAAUCAACUGAAUAAGGUUAAAAGAAACUCCUUAUCAAACUCACUAAUUAACAAUCAAAAUCUAAAAUUAUUGAUUAAAGUUUAAAUUGA